GGAGGUGGAGGGAGGUGACUGGCGAGCGGCUGCGCUUCAGACUCAGCGAGAGGAUCAUGGCGGAUGGCCCCAGGUGUAAGCGCAGAAAACAGGCGAACCCGAAGAGGAGCAGCGUGACAGAAUUUAACAAUGGCUUGGAGGCCAGUUCAGACUCAGAUGAUGAGGACAAGCUACACAUCGUGGAAGAAGAAAGUCUGCAGGACCCCGAGGUCGCCAGUGCUGAGGGGACCACGCAGCAGGACAGCCACGACGCCACCGCAACAGUAUUACCCCUCAACGGCUCCCUGAACGGAGUGAAAGAGGAGUGUGUGUCAGAAGAAGAGGAGGAGGUGGUGAAGGAGAUUCUCCAGCAGGGGGACACAGCCAUCAUUUACCCAGAAGCCCCUGAGGAUGAGCAGAGUCCAGCAGAGACGGGAGGCGCCGAUGAAAAUGGCACGCCAGAUACCUUCCCAGCAUUACACAUUUGCCCCUACUGCUCCCGGGGCUACAAGCGGAACGCCUCGCUGAAGGAGCACAUCAAGUACCGCCAUGAGACCACCGACGACAACUACAGCUGCUCACACUGCAGCUACACCUUCACCUACAGAUCGCAGCUGGAGAGGCACAUGUCCCACCACAGGAACAACAGGGAGCAGCGUCACGUUCCCCAGCCGACGGGAGGAGCAGCUGGUUUCCGUAAAUUCAAGUGUAACGAGUGUGCCAAGGCCUUCAAGUACAAGCACCACCUGAAGGAGCACCUGCGCAUUCACAGCGGUGAGAAACCAUACGAAUGCUCAAACUGCAAGAAGCGAUUCUCUCACUCAGGCUCCUACAGCUCCCACAUCAGCAGUAAGAAGUGUGUGGGUGCUGCACCUCCCAAUGGCGUCCCUCGAACGCUGAUCAAAUCUCCCCCAGUCCCCACUCAGACUCCGGUAGCGAUAGCUCCGGCUCGCGUGGUUCUUAAAGAGAAGACUGACAGCAAACCUCUCCAGGAGCAGCUCCCUGUCACCCAGAUCAAAUCUGAACCUGUGGAAUACGCCUGCAAGCCCGUGAUGGCAGCAACUACGACUGCAUCUGGUACCAACGGUGUUGUGAACGGAGGGACGACACAGCCAGCUGUAGUUCAAGCAGCAACCCUUCCUCAGGGUGUGGCGAUGGUCGUACCUACAGUCGGUCUCAUGUCUCCCAUCAGCAUCAAUCUGAACGACUUACAGAACGUGCUGAAGGUGGCGAUGGAUGGGAACGUGUUUAGGCAGGUGUUAGGAACAGCCAAUGGUGUGGUGACGCAGGGCAAGCAGGGAAUUGUAGUCCAGCAGCCACAGCAGCAGAUUCUCAGCCUGCCGGCCUUUGUGGAUCACGACGGCACCACGAAGAUCAUCAUCAACUACAGCAUCAACCCUGCCACCACCGCCGCCACCGCCACCACCCAGCCUGCAACACUCAUUGCCAAAAACAAUCCUCUUCCUUCUGUCCCAACUCUAAUCGCUGCAGCAGCCCCUACCCCCAGCAAAACAGACAAACCCCCAACCCCAGAGGUGGCUGACCUCUCCAUCGUGAAGACGGAGCCAGAAUCAAUGCCCAUCAUGGAGACCGAAUCCCCCACACAAACAGAAAAGAAAAAGACUUCAGAAGUCCAGAGGGCUCAGAUGCCAAAAGUCAGCACCCCUAGUACGUGUUUAUUAUGUGAUGACUGUCCCGACCACUUGGAGGCACUGCAUCUUCUUCAGCACCGCAAAGCAGCCAAUGGGGAGGCGGUCGACUCCGCUGCUUUGGACCCCUCCUUCGCUGAUCUGCUGAGCGAGGCCGGGGUGACGUUGGAGGAGCCUCCUGUGGACGACAUCCUCUCACUCCUUAAGAAUUACUUCGCCUCCAACGCCAACCCCAACGAGGAGGAGCUGGACAAGAUCUCUGAGUCAGUCAGUAUUCCUGUUGAUGUGGUCAGAAAGUGGUUUAUCAAGAUGAACUCUGGGAAAAAUGUGAGUAAACAUCGUAACAAUGCUACUACGGUGUCUAAAAAGACUGUUACAAGGUCAGAGGAUCAGAACGGAGAGUUAGAGGAAGAUGGCACUCAUGCAACAUCUCAACGAGCAUCUUCACAAUCCAGCACCGCUUCUUUGUCAGAUUCGCCACUUGACCUCAACAAUGGCGACCUCGUCAUCGUGAAGAGCGAGCCAGAAGACCCUCAGGCUGUGGACUCCCAGGCAGAGCCGCUUGAUCUCUCCAUUCCUAAACAAAUGGCAGCAGCGUUGGGAACACAGUCGCCUCCCGCCAAGCAGCAGGAGCAGCCGCUGAACCUGACCUGCCUGAGGAAGGAGCAGUACGAGGGUCGCACCAUCUACGUCACCGCGCCACAGACCGGGAGGCCUGUUAACAUCGUCUCAGCUGCACAGCUGCCAACGUUAGUUGCCAUCGCUGGUCAGGGCACGGUGAACUGUCUCAGCGGCAUCAAUAACGCCAGCAAGCGCACCAUCCUGAUCCCUCAGCUCACCUACACCUACGCCUCUACAGCUGGCAGCACCACUGGAGCAAAGACUGUCGUUCUCAAUGGCCACAAGCAGGAGAAGAAGCAGGACAGCAGCUCUGACAGUGCAGCCCCAACAGAGGAGGACACCGAAAUAGAUCCAGCUGUCCCGGCUAAGAGGCCCCGGCUGGAGAAAGGCGUCUACCCCUGUGAUCUCUGCAACAAAGUCUUCCAGAAAGGCAGCUCUCUGAUCAGACACAAAUAUGAACACACAGGAAAGCGGCCCCAUGAGUGCCCUGUCUGUCAUAAGGCCUUCAAACACAAACACCACCUAAUCGAACAUUCAAGGCUUCACUCCGGAGAGAAACCCUAUCAGUGUGACAAGUGCGGAAAGCGUUUCUCUCACUCUGGCUCUUACUCUCAGCACAUGAACCACCGCUACUCCUACUGCAAGAAGGACUCACCCCGCAAGGCUCCCAUAGAUCUAAUGAGCCUCAGAGCUGGAUUGCAGUCUGACAGCCGGACGAUGACCCCGCCCUCCCAACAGGACUCAGACGAGCGGGAGAGCGAGGAAGAGGAGGACGAGGAGGCCAUGUGCAUGGACGACAUCCGGGUCAUUCAGGUUGACGAUGGAGAGUGUGAGAUCUACGAGGGGAAUUUUGAGGACGACGAUGAUGAAGAUGAGGAAGACGACGAAGAGGAGGAGGAAGAAGAAGAAGGGGAGGUAGAUGAAGAGGUGAUAAGAAGAGCAGAAGCCAUGGACUUUGUUUGUGACGUCGUAGAGGUGGAGCUCGGGGAAGAUCACAUGGUGGGGGAGGAGAUGGAGGAAACGAGCGAAGGAAAGGAGGAAGCAGCAAGUGGGAAUGCAGAAAAAGUGGCAGACUGUGAAGCAGACAAACAAGUCAAGGAGGUGGCUGACAGUGCUGAACCUAACAAAGACAUGGCAACAGAGGGUGCCGAACCUACAGAAGAGACGUCAAACAAACCCAAACUGACAGACGAAGCUGCAACAGACAGCGCCAAACCUACAGAGAAGGUGGUGAAAGAUGGCGACGAUCCUAGUGAGAAAGUGGCGACAAAUGAUGCUACACCCACAGAGGAAGCUACGACGGACAGUGCCAGACAUUUAGAGGAAGCAGAGACAGAUGUCACCCAUCCCACAGAGAAAGAGACUACAGAUGGCCUCAAAGCCCCGGACGAAGACAAGGACGAAGAGACGACAGACGCCAAAUAGAUGAAGGAAGGUCUCCUCGAGACAGUUUCAAUCCGUAACUCGUUAAAGUCGAGUUAUCUAAGACAAAACCGCAGAAAAGUCGUGAAUUGGCGGCGGUUGCCUGAUCUUAUCGGUCCACUACUGUGUACAAAAACCCAGGUGUGCCUGAACUUGAAACCAGAAAAAAACAAAAAGACUUUUUUUUUCUUGUGGAAAUGAAAUAUCAGUGUUAAAAUUGUUUAUAGAAGUACAGAUUUUAACUCACCCAUCAACUUGUUAGACUUGUUACUGAGACAUCCCAGGUUGUUUUUAUUGUUUGUUUUUAUUUGGUCAGUGUUACUAAUCUUGUUCUCCUUUGAAAACAUUUUAACCUGUAAAGUUGAGAAAAAUUUCUAUACCUUUUUAUUGCCAAUGAAGUUUCCUAAAUCAGUAUUUUAUUGAGUUCUACGAACAAAAACCUCUGCACUACAGUAUUCCUGGUUUACCUAUGGAUACAUGCCUCAUGCAUCGUAUGCCCUUCAGUGUUAUAUACGUACACUAGCUAGCCAGAUGUCGUUCGUGUUAUUGUUAGUCUUUGCUAGCUAGCAUUACCUUUGUUUUCAGUUUGACUGUUAGCCUUAAAGAAAACAAAGUAUUCACGGGGAGGGUCGCGGGCGGGAUGGGGAGUCUGGGACGAGAACGUGGCUUCUGAACGCCAUAACCAAAUUUGUCCAAUCAGGGAAGGUAGAGUCACAACCUCAAAGCCAGCAUCAGGAGCGUUUGUUUUUAACCCAGCGAAGCCAGAGAGAUACCACAUCACCUGGCUCAGCUGUGUCAUAAAACACAUGCACCCAUUCUUACCAAGCUUCUCCUUAUUUUGGUUGACUUCUGUUCUCAGUGUUUCAGUGUUGUUAGCUUAUAUAAAUAUAUUAAAGUCAUACUGUACGUGAAGGAACGGGGACGUUUUCCUGCUCCACCCCAAUGCCUCCAGCCUUAUGCAAGACCUGUGUGCUGUUAAAAGUGCCAUUGAACAGUGUUAUAAUUUCUUCUUCUUCUCACAUGUAGCCAGUAUUAUUUUCCUCUGUUACUUUAAAGAGACCCAUAUUGACUAAUGCUUGUCCACUUGCACAAAACAGCACAUUUUUGCCACAGUUACUGACAGAAACAUACUGUGAAAUUUGUAAAAUGCUCCAGGUGUUUAAAAACUUUCAGACUUUAUAAAAACUAAGACAUACGGUGUUGAAACUUAAAGUAAUGAGUACUUUUAUUUUGAACUGUUUGUUUUGUGCCUAAAAAGACAAAACAUGUCAAAAAGGACAAGAUAGACCCUUGUAAAUAUGCUCCUGUAAUAUCAAACAGAAAAAAAAAUCUAUUGAAAAAGCUCUUUUUCAUGAAAACUACCCCAAAUAAUUAAAAGUGUUUUCAAAAAGGUUGUGUAGUUCUGUUGAUCAAUUAAGUCCUCAACUGCCUUAGCCUAUGAUUUAACAUUUUCUAUUUUAAAAUGUGCUUUGGUCCUCGUAUAAUCAUAAUUUUCUAGGCUUUUCAUUAUUUAGUCUUGACUGGCGUGUUGAAAAUUACCUUCAACAUGGUAUAUGAGUCACACUUAUAAUAUAUAACUUUUUUCCCAAAAGUUGUUUGUAUCCUGUAUACUGGUAUAACCAAUAUACCAGUAUAAAAUACUGAGACAUAGGCAGGCAUGAGCAUAAAUACAGCUGAUCCGCUAGAAAACUUUACACCACUUAAUUGAAUGUUGCAAGCAGGCGCUUCACUGCUCAAAACAUGCAGGGAUUCAUCGUAAAGCAGUCCAAAACUGAAGGGUUUUGGCAUCACUUUUUAAAUGCUUUUCUCCCUCAUUGGGUCAUAAUCUUGAAUUUAAAGAAAACAGUGGUAUACUGUUUAGUAAAUAAACCUUGUGUAGUGGUGGUUUGAUUUAAAGACACCUUUAUUAAAGAAGAGAGGAGGUGCACAGUGCAACCCUUAGUCUGUGUUUGUACUCUGGCUGUUUCAGAUCAGGUGCGUCACGGCUUGAUUUUAAUUUCAGAAUACUACAUGAAAAAGACGGGCCCAUGCUAAUGUGCUCCAAUAAUAUCAUUUUCAUACUUUCAAAUAACAGGAUAUGAGCACAUUUUUUCCACCAAAUUUUUUUUUUCGUAAAUUACCCAAAUAGGUUAAAACUGUUUUCUAAUAGUUGCAUAUCACUGCUUUCAGGUUAGUCCACAACUGCCUUGGCCCAUCAUUCAACCCUUCCUCAUAUAAUCAUAGUUGUUUAGACUUUUCUUUGUCAAGUCUUGAAAAUGUUUGUGCUGAAAAUUACUGUAAAAAUGGGGUGUCACACUUUUAUUAAGUGUUUUUCAUCCAAAAAGUUAUCUGCAUCCUAUGUACCUGUGCAACCAACUUGGCAUAAAAUGCCAACAGGCCAUAAAUGCAGCUGCUAUGCUAUUCGUAGUAUACUGCAAUCAGGCACUUUGCUGCUCAAAACAUACAAAGAUUUGUAGCAAAGCAGGCCUAUUUGGCAGGGUUUGGUGCCACUUUUUAUCAGCUUUUCUCACUCAGUGGGUCAUAUUCUUGCAUUUUAAGAGAACAGUGGUACCUUGUUCAGUGCUGGUUUGAUUGAAAGACACCUUACUGGUGCAACUAAUAAACCAGUCUAAAAUGCAUGCCAGCAUAACCAUAAAUGCAGCUGCCAUGCUACUGAAAGUUUACACGAGGCCUUUUGAUUAUGGCAAGACUCAAAAUCCAGAUUAUUUUGAAUGAUAUUAAGAUCAUUACUAAAACAUUACUUGUUUAUUUUACUACAUCAGCAACACAAGCAUGUAUUGAACUUUACACUUUUAAAAACAAGUACUGAAUUAAAUAAAUUGGUGAAAAUAAAGAUAUAGCAAUGAGUAAUAAAAAAGAAUGACAUUUAUGGCCAAAAUGUUACAACUAACCGACGUUAAAACACCUGUCAAGAAAACAGGCAAAGUACGGCAUGUUGCCCAGUAAUUGUUUAAUCAUAAUUAUCUUGUGUUUAUGAUCAUCGGAUUUUUGAUUGAAAUUUAAACUUGAUUAAUUGACAACCCUUCAUUGUGUACUGCAUGUGCUUGACUGCUCAAAACAUACCAGGAUAUACAAGGAUGCAGACCAAAUUAGCUGGACUUGGUGCCACUUUUUAACAGCUUUUCUCCCUCCGUGGGUCAUAAUCUUGCUUUUAAAUAAGGUAUAGGUAUAAUCUGAAGUAAAUAUACCUUGUUUAGUUGUGGUUUGAUGAAAAUGUCCUCGAUUGGUGACAUGUUGCCAGCAGAGGUGAGCAGUGCAUCCCUUGGCCUGUGGGUCCAUGCUUCCACUAUGUCAGACUGGAUGCACGGCGGCUGUGUAACAGCCGUGUCACAGCUUGAUUUUGAGUUCAGAGUGCAUGUUAAGGCUUUAAGACUACCUGCAUAUGCCCUGAGUCUCACAUGUGGAAAUUCUGAGAAUAAAAGGCUUGCAUGUUUUACACAUUUCUUAACCAAAACAGACAUUAUUAAGAUAGAGAGCCAUAUUUAUCUUGUUAUAGCUGAUGUGUAUGUCCACAACAGCAGAAUAUGUCACAGGGAGGAUAACUGUGUGGCUACACUUCCAAUUUGUGCUUUUCAGAAUAAUUGCCUGGUUUAGCAUUUCUGUGUAGAAGACUCUUUAGUACAUGAAGCUUUUAUUCUGAAAUUUUCCCAGCUCAACUGCAUGAUGAAUUGUCCUUUUAGGGAGAUUUAUUGAAGCAAAUCUUAUGAAGAAAGACAGGAACAUGACAGCAAGUAGAUGCAGUCAGUAUUCUGCACGCUUUUUGUGAAAGACGCGACAGCUACUACACAGCAGACAUGCACCCAGUCUGGAAUAGGUGUAGCAGCUUUAACACAUGCUGAGGGUUUCAGCAGUGUACCGUAGCUAGCAGGAGUGCGAUCUUGACACAGCAGAAAUACAUGGUACUGAAAGAACGAUUGUAGAAAUCAUAAUGGGAAUAUGGUUUACCUUUUUCCUUCUCCAAAGAUUCCCAAAGACAGACUUUGUGCAACUUUUACUCAAGAUUUACAGUAAUUUUCCAUUUUGACUAUCAGAACGUCAUAGUUGCUGACAGUUUCUAAAAUACUUAAAAGUCACAUAUUGUGCAAAAUACACUUUAUCAGUCUUUUCUAACAAAAAAUAUGUGCCCCUGGCCUGUCCCCAAUCCCCCCAGGAAUAAAAAAAAAAAAAUCA